AUGGCUUUCUCUUCCAUCGGCAUCUCGUUCGCGAGUGGAAGCAAUCAGGAACCGCAGAACAACAACAACAACAACAACACCUGUAGCGUUAUCGGCUUGCCCAUACCUGGUAAAUGCCCGUUAAAGCCUUACUGUAGCCAGCGCAGUGCUAAUGGUCCUUUGUCUCCGCAGAACGUUCAGAAACUCCGGUACAGCCCUCGUUCUUCGUGCCGUUCGCCCGCGACCCAGACUUCGUCGAGUGUGGGUCGCUGUUGGAUCAAAUCCGCGAGCGAUGCGCUGCGCCAGCAUCUCGUGUCGCGGUGGUGGGCUCCGCCGGAGUGGGGUCAGUCUAGCGAAGGCAACCUCGGGUUAACAUUCGCGCCUGACACAAGAUACAGGAAGACGCAUCUAGCUAUCGAGUACUGCUAUCGUACCCGUGGGCAAUUUCGGUGGGUGUUCUGGGUGCAUGCCCUCGGCUGCGCCCGGUUCGAGCAGGGCUACCGCGACAUUGCCGACCACGUCAAGAUCCCUAGACGACAAGAUUCCCAAGUCAAUGUUGUCAAGCUGGUGAACGACUGGCUUAGCGAUUGCAAGGAGCGCUGGCUGCUCGUGCUAGAUAGCGUGGAGGAUGCUGGCCCUUUUCGCGACAACCUGGGUAAUGACCAAGGUCAACCUGCCCACGGCCCGAAGACCGCUUCAAGACCGAUGCGCAUGAGCCUUCCCUAUUGUGAUCGCGGCUCCAUUCUCAUUACAACGCGGAGCAAGAAUGUUGCAUUGGAGUGUGUGAAGCUGCGCGACAUCAUAUCUGUAGGUCCGAUGGACGAGGUGCAGGCGCGGGCCCUCGUUGAGAACAAGCUAGGAGUACAGGAAAGAGGUGACGCCUCUGUCGAUGAGCUUACAGCGAUGCUCGAUUACUCCCCGCUGGCUAUGGUACACUCAACGGCAUACAUCUCGAAAAGAGCGCCCCGAUGCUCUGUGGCAAAGUAUAUCGAGGAGUUCAAGAGCGCGCCGAAGAGAUCGAGCCCUCGUAUCUACGAAAUCGACGGUCAUAUUUCCAAUUCAUGGAAAAAGGACAGCCUUGAUAUUCAAAUGUUGAGUUCAGAACGGGCGGGAACGGAUGCAGCAGUAGGAGCAAACAGUAAUGGUCGCCAGGUCCAGCGAAAGAGGAAAACCGCUAUCGCUUCUACCUGGCAGUUGUCAUUCGAAUAUAUGCAGUCAACGCGGCCGUCUGCAGCAGGCUUACUCGCAAUGAUGAGCUUCUUCGAUGGACGAGAGAUUCCGGAGGCCUUGAUACGGAGGCUAAGCAAGCACAAAAACGCUCAGGGAAGUCAAAACUCGUAUGGCAACCACGACUUCGAUAGUGACAAAGAAGAUGAUGUAUCACAAUGUGGUGCAGACUACGACGCAUUCGACGACGACGUACUGACACUACUGAAGUAUAACUUCAUCUCAGUUCGCACUGGAGGUACAAGCUUUGUGAUGCACAGACUCGUGCAGUCAGCGACGCGCACAUGGCUCGAUGAAAGCGACAGAGUUGAACCUCAGAGGCAGCAGCGCAUCAGUAAUCUUUGCGCUGAGCUUCUGCAAGGGCAGUACGGGAACUGGGAAGCAUGUCAGGCCCUUUUGGAGCACGUUCGGUCGGUUGCGAAAGUCGAUAUGAGAGCACCAAAACGACCCCCGAUGCCGUUACUUGGGAGAAACAGUUUCUCGAAUGCAGAUGACGCACUCAUGGCCGACGACGAACGAAAAGUCUUCUUUGACGCGCGGCCCUCAAAAGAGUACGUUGCUGAUCUCCAACUUUUGAAACAAGCCAAUAACUUCUCUACCUAG